AUGGGUUUUGUACUUGUUAAUGAAGAACAACUGCAUUUAAGAUUUCAUGAGGAUUUGGAUAAAAAAAAUGGGUCAAGAAAAUAUUCAAAAUCUGGCAGUAAAAUUUCUGUUGUAGAAUUUUACGCCAGAUUUUUGGAUAUUUGGCCUUUAUGUGAGCCGGAUGUUCUUUAUAUUUCCCCAACUAUAAAAAUUGGAUCAAAAAGCCCUAUAAUAUUCCAAUGCUAUUCGUAUAUGCAGCAUUUGGUCAGAAGAUGUCCUAGUACAGGAGAGACACUACCAUUAUCAUCUUCUAGUAAUAUUAAUAGUGAUGCCUCAGGAUCUAAUUAUAAAGAAACUUUAAAAGCACCUAAACAAGAAAAUUUUGUUAUUAUAUUUACAUUUUCUGUCUUUUGA